UCUGAGACUUUAACAACAAAACUAAGCGACACACGUACUUUGUUGAGACAAACGAGAAUGCGAUAGCCCAGCGACACUGUGCAAGCGGCUGCGAAGGCUUGAACAAUGCAAAAUUCGAGUGUAGAAGAGAACUGGGGCGAUGGCGGGGGCUAUGCGCUUGUGAAGGUGGCGGAGCGACUGGUAGCAGUGCCGCGUGAUGGAGAGCAGCCCGUAUCAAUGUAUACGCUCAUACGAGCAUGGGUGCGCAACAACCCCACGCUGCCGCUGACAGCCGACCUACCGCCACCGCUGCAGCGGGGCCCAACAGAACCGGCCUCAGGUGCCGGAGAAGGCACAGAGGCGGAUGGCAGUAAGGUGAAGGAGGGAGUGCCCGGUGACACAGAGGGGCGGCACCAGGGGCUGCUUAGCAUCCUGCCACCUCAGCAAGCUCCCACGCAGCUGGAGACGGACACCACGGCGCCCAUGUACCCACUGGAUGACUUUGACGCUCAGGAACCCGAGGAGGCUCGGCGGAAGCUGAAGGACCACUGGGUAGCUGUGCGGCACUACCACCAGGCCAUCCGCCGCGCCAAGCUGUCGCGGCACCGCGAGCGGCUGCAGGUGCUGCUGGGUGAGCCGUCGCUGCUGCAUCACCCAGGCUCGCAACUGGGCCUGCAGCCGCUGCAGCAGCAGCACCCGGUGUUGCUGGGCCUGGGCUCGCAGCUGACGCUGCAGGCCACGGGCCUCGGUGGCGGGCUAGCGGGGCUUGCGCAGCUGGGCCCAGGCGCAGGGCUGUUAGGGCCAGGGUUUGGCGGCGGCUCGCUACAGGGCGGCAUGGGGCCAACAGGGGUGCCGCAGAUGCAGCUGGGAGCACCCGGCCAGAGCCAGCAGGGCGUCGGCGACCCACAGGCGGCGCUAGCGGCAGUGCUGGCGCUCACGCAUGGGACUCCACCGUUGGACCCUAACGGCGGGAGCGGGCAGACCCACAUCGGCAGUGGAAGCAGCAUGGACAAUUUGGGCAUCCUUUCACAGCAGCAACAAGCCGGGCAGCAGGCGCAGCAACACUCGCAGUCGUUGCUGGGGUUGCCGCUGGUCGCACCUGCCGCAAAUGGCGGCGGCAACAACUCUGCCCUCCCGCACACGGGGUCCAUGGAGGCCCUCCUGGCUCUGCAGCAGCAGCUUCAACAGCUGCCGCAGGCGCCACAGCAGCUGCCUCUUGCGCAGCAGGGUGUGGCAGGCCUCGGGCAAGGCGUGCAGAGCAUGCAGGUCGACGGGGGCGCGGCAGGGGGCGCGGGUAGCAACAGCCACGUUAUGGAUAUCAGCAGCGGGGCAAAUGGCUCGUGAGCGGGUGUGCUAACUCACGGGCGUCGUGAUAGCAAGAUACGGUGUACCGUACGCGCGCAUUCGCUGCUCGUGCAGGGUAGUAACAUCCAAGUAGACAGCGAGCGCAUUGGGGCCCAUAAAUGCGUACCGUAGUAUGAUAAACAUGGCUUUUGUUUCUGGGCCUCGUAACCCCUGGACAUGCACAGUUCUGGCUAGAGCAGUUUUGUGGUGUUUGUGGCUUUCAGCCGGAGGCUGUAGGAGUCGGAUGUGGUGACUGAAGUGCAUGCGUGUCACGCGUGUUGCCGUAUACAUGUUGAGCCGUGGUGUGCUGCUGUAAACGGCAGUUGUACGCACGUUUAGGCACGUCUACACAGAGCAAGUCCGCGUCAAUGCAUCUCACAUUCUUAGGCUGCCUCAUGGGACAGAUACUGCCUGAUGUAGCUGGGGCACAGCGGCCAGAGUCAGGGGUUCAACCCCUGGCCAGCGUGGUACGCGAUGGUGAUACGCUGGAUGGGGGCCCCCGUCAGAAGGCGGCGUGACACGCACCCCGAUGGCACGCAUGAAGGAUUGACACGGUAUGCACAGGUCCGGAUGCAGAGCAGAGCGGUGCCGCGGGUAGGACGAGAGCGCAGGUGUGAGUGGGGUGGGGGGGAGUCGGUGAAGCAGUUGCCGGCGUGUCACGGCAGUUUGGAAACGGGGCUGUGCCAGCAUAGUGCCUACCAGGUCGGAUGCACUCCGGUAUAUCUCAAACAGUAUGCUUUGAAACACGAAAGCGACUCGAAGAUCGCAACCGCCCACGGCCCAGACUGCACGCACUCCCAUGCCAGCAAUCAGGCAUGAAUCUAUAAGCAGCUGAUGUAAAAAAAGUCCAGA